AUGGACCUUGUCAACGAAAGAGAUGCAAAUGGGAGUAUUAUCAAAGCAGCACCUACAUUUGACUAUAUCGAGAAUAAGGCCAUUGAGGAAGAGCAUAGAAAAGGGCAAUUGGGCAAACAAGCAAUGGAGUCGCAAGCACUUCCUGCUCUUGCCCUAGUUCGUGGGCCAGGUGACAAGAAGCUCAUACCGUCGUCGGACGGAACUACUUGUCGGAUAGAGAUUGAUAACGUCCCAUAUUGCUCCUUCUGCCGAAAACCUUAUCACAUCGACGCCGAAUGUUUCACCAAGAACCCGAGACUGAAGGUCCAAAAGAAGGACGGAGACGGACCGAAGCCAAGACCAGGCAGAAUGCACAUAGGCGCACGCAGACAGUCGAAGAGGCGGACCUUGACGGACGACGAGGACGACGAUGGGAGUGGCCCAAAAGACCCGAAGAAACCAACCUUCGUGGCGACGAAAGUCUCCGGAAAAGAUGUCAACGAAGCAUUUGGAAACGAUAUCGAGGGCAAUCUCACCCUGUUUGACCAUGUUCCCAUUAUGAUGGCGAUAAAGACCCCCUCUAUCCGUGACGCGUGGAUCGUGGAUAGUGGAUGCGCUCAACAUGUUUGCAAUAGCGCCUCCAGGUUUGUCCAAAUGGCUAAAUAUCAUGGGCCUUCACUGAGAGGCAUUGAUACCUCAACAGCUCCCUCGGGCGUGGGAACAGUAAAUAUCCUGUGCAAUGUACGCGGCAGAAAGAAAUGGCUAGUGCUUGACAACGUCCUGUAUGUUCCAUCUGCACAUGCCAAUCUCAUAUCGGUGCUCCAGCUGCUCCAACGAGGCGCAAAAGUCGAAUUCUCAAGCCGGGAUGCUAUCCUUCGCAACAAGUCAAACGGAAAGAAUCUGUUUACUGCCAGUGAAUAUCAUGGAGUCUACGCACUCGAUCUGUGGGCAAGUCUGACUUUCCCCUCUUACCAUGUUAGCCCACAAAUGUCUCUGUGGCACAGCCGGCUUGCUCAUAUGAGUGACGCAAACCUUCGGCGACUCAAGCAGCAAGCUCAUGGCGUGCGGGACAUGGAGGCACGUCAUCCAUGCAAUCCCUGUCUGCAGGGGCGAAUGAUCGAAAGGUCUCACAGAAGAUCAAGAGUCAGCAGGAGAGGAGAACACGCAAUGGACCUCCUCCAUAUUGACGUCGCAGGGCCAUUUGAUGACGGCCUAGAUGGCAGCCGUUACUGGCUAACCAUCGUUGACGACUUCAGGGGCUGGAUCGAGAUUUUCCCGAUACCGCGAAGACAAUACUUCGUCAUAGAAUCACUGCGGUUCUUCCUCGACCACAACGAGCGUCCCGAGCGAAAAUGCAAACGACUACGUCUGGACCGGAUAUCUGAACAUAUGGGAGACGAGAUGAAAUUCAUGUUGUUCUCGCGCAAUCCAAGCGGAGAAAUACGGCAAACAUCCGUGCCUGCCUCGGGGCGCCAAUUGUCGAUGGAUCCCCCAGAGCGGGCCCUACCUAAGUCGAGAAACGAUAUCUCGCACACACUGCCUCGGAGUGAUGAUAACUCGCGAGUGCUUACCCAGCCGAGUGACGAUAACUCGCAAACUCAAGCGUUGUCCCAAACGAGUGACGAUGACUCGCAGCCAGCUGUUGCUGUACAGGGAGACAGGACCUUGUCGCGCACACGGAGUGAGAACACCUUCGGACCUCUAUCACCUGCUUAUCAGGAUUCCGUCCUUGGGAUUGAAUCGCCACCCGGUGGCGACCAGCAACAGGGCGACGCGAACGGCAACAAUAUUCAGAGCUCCAUCGGCCGGUCCAUGAAGUUCAACAAGGAACAUUAG